AAUAUAGAUUUGUCGAAACGUAAAGCCAUUGGUUACCGUGUUCAAAGCCCAUCCCAAAAACCGGAGAGGAAAAGCGCACACACAAAUAAACACACACAAAAUUCCACCCAUGGAGAUCUCUUUUCUGCAUAAAUCGUCACCCAUUUCGCAAUUCCUUCUGUUUCCGGAAGAGGAGAAAUCCAUACAUGCGUGCAUGCUUGUUUGAUAUACCUCUGCUUUCUUCAAAUUUCUGUAUCCAUAUAUGUGUAAUUAUCGGUUUUGAGGCGGUUGCGAAAAAAUGGGCGGGAGCAAAUGGACGAAAGCCAGGAUUGCGCUAGGGUUGAAGUUGAAUUCCUGCCUCUACGUGCCGAGAACGGUUGAGGAUUCUCCGCCGCCGCCGCCGCCGGCGAGAUCUUCCGGAGCCGCCUCAUUGUCUCCGACGACGCCGCGGGACUCGGAUCACCGGGUGCAAAUGCCUACUACGCCCACGCCAUCUUCUUCCGGCCUCCGCUUGCCUAAGCAAUCCUCCAAAUCCUCCAAGAAGAUUUGUGCAAUAUGCUUGGGAACCAUGAAACCUGGCCACGGGCAUGCGAUUUUCACUGCAGAAUGUUCGCACUCGUUUCAUUUUCAUUGUAUUGCAUCCAAUGUGAAGCAUGGAAGACAAAGUUGUCCCGUUUGCCGUGCAAAAUGGAAGGAGGUCCCUUUCCAGAGUCCUUCUGCUGAUAAAUCUAAUGGGGGAGAUAGGAUAAACAAUGUGCCCUGGCCUCAGGAUGAGUCCUUGAUGCGGCUAGUGAGACGAAUCCCUUCUCCACGAAUGGAUAGCAAUCGGAACGUUUCUUCUCUGUUUCAUGUUGUCGAACCUGAUGUGUUCGAUGAUGAUGAUGAAAUUUGCGGUGACUUACCCUGUGGCACUGGCAUCACCAAUAGAUCAUCCAGUAAGCCCAAUGAUGACGAUCAUUUUACAGGAGCAGUCGAAGUUAAAACGUAUCCGGAAGUUUCUGCUGUUCUAAAAUCAAAAUCCCACGAUAACUUUUCUGUUCUGAUUCAUCUGAAAGCGCCAACUGCAACGGCAAUGCAACAUUCUGAAACUGAUGGAGCAGGUUCUCGAGCUCCAGUUGAUCUCGUCACAGUGCUUGAUGUCAGUGGCAGCAUGGCUGGCACCAAGCUCGCUCUUCUUAAACGAGCAAUGGGGUUUGUGAUCCAAAACUUAGGUCCUUCGGAUAGGCUAUCUGUAAUCGCCUUCUCCUCAACAGCACGUCGUCUCUUUCCACUCCGUAGGAUGACUCACAAUGGAAAGCACGAAGCACUACAAUCCGUCAACUCUCUAAGCUCAAACGGAGGGACGAACAUUGCUGAUGGCCUCAGGAAGGGCGCCAAGGUGAUGAGUGAGCGCAAGUGUAAAAAUCCAGUCAGCAGCAUCAUACUGUUAUCUGAUGGGCAAGACACGUACACCACCACCUCUCCUACUGGUGGAAACGCCCGCUCCGAUCAUCAGUCGUUACUCCCAGCCUCCAUGCACAGAAAUAAUGCCUCUGGUCUUCAUUUUCCUGUGCAUGCAUUUGGAUUUGGUGCAGAUCAUGAUGCAGACUCGAUGCAUUCAAUCUCUGAAACUUCUGGUGGAACAUUUUCUUUUAUAGAGGCGGAGAACGUGAUUCAGGAUGCCUUUGCACAGUGCAUCGGGGGUCUCUUAAGCGUCGUCGUGCAGGAACUAAGAGUGGAAGUCGAGUGCAUUGAUCCAAUCCUGCAACUCACCGGUAUAAAAUCCGGAAGCUACAAUAACAUUCUAGCAUCUGAUAAAAGAAAAGGCAAAAUUGAGGUUGGAGAUCUAUAUGCUGAAGAAGAAAGGGAUUUUCUGGUGACAACUCAUAUCCCCAUCACUCAAUCCAGCAGCAAUGAGAUGCCACUCAUCAAAGUGAAAUGUGUGUACAAGCAUCCGAUCUCCAAGAAUCUAGUCACACUAGAUUCUGCAAAUGAUGUCACCAUCCAACGGCCUGUUGCAGCCGGACCAGUUGUGGUGUCGAUGGAAGUAGACAAGCAGCGCAAUAGGCUCCAAUCCGCUGAAGCCAUGGCAGAAGCUAGAGGCGCCGCAGAGCAAGGUGAUCUAACUUCAGCCGUUGCCAUCCUAGAAAACUGCCGUAAACAGCUCUCAGAAUCCGCGUCAGCACGAGCCGGAGACAGAUUAUGCACCGCAUUGGAUGCUGAAUUGAGGGAAAUGCAAGAAAGGAUGGGAAACAGACAGACUUACGAAACAUCGGGAAGAGCCUACGUCCUGUCCGGACUGAGUUCGCAUUCUUGGCAGAGGGCAACUGCGAGAGGCGACUCCACGGACAGCUGGAGUGUCGUUCAUGCGUACCAGACGCCGUCCAUGGUGGACAUGGUGAAUUUGUCCCAGACCAUGAUCUUAGGUAACCCGUCGCCUCGACCGACGAUCAGGCCAACGAGAUCUUUCCCUGCAAGGCAGCAGCAGCAUCCCAGCUGAUGCCUUGUUAUGUUGGGUAUAUGCUAAGACUGUCACAUUCUAUCAUGUCAUGCCUUCUUAGAUUUGUUAUUCAUUCUUACAUUCUGAUAUCUCUGCUGGCUUGAAAAUUUUGGGCGGGGGGCUUGUAAUAAAAAGGACAAAGGGGUAAAAAGGGAAAGAGGAUUGUGAGUGGUUUUGUUUGUUUGUUGUUGAUGGGUUGGGGUAUAUUAACUUCAAGUGUACAUGCAAGGUGAUUUUGGGGGAGUGGAAUUUAGUAUUUCGUAAUCAUCGGAUUCGUAGUUAGUAUGAUAUUAUUCGUUUUAGACUUACACGCUAAUGAAAAUAUUUUCCACAUUUAUAAUGUACAUCAACUGAAGGGGUGAUUUUGUGGGAGUUUUCUAUCUUGCAUUUACUUCUCAAUGGAUGAUAUUGUUGACAUUUAUCA